AUGAGUGACCGCAAGUAUUUGUUUUUCAAUCACAUAGACAAUCAGGGCAACAAUUUACUUCACAAAUGUGGAAAAUUAGCCCCUCCUGGCAGACUCAAUCUCGUUGCUGGUCCCGCUCUACAGAUGCAGCGCGAAUUACAGUGGUUUAAGGAGAUAGAAAAGUUUGUUCGUCCUUCACGUAGAACAUGGUACAACUAUGCCAAUGAAACUCCUCAGAUGUUGUUUACAAAGGAGCACGAAAAGCUGAAAGCAGAUGGAGAGAGGUGGAUGAAAGACACGGCUAAUGCAUGCACCAUUGCGGCAGCACUAAUUGCAACAGUGGUGUUUGCUGCAGCUUUCACUGUUCCUGCUGGGAUUGAAUCUGCAUCUGGAAAACCGCUGCUCUCGGACAACGCUUCAUUUGUGUUGUUUGCGGUGUCAGAUGCCAUUUCCUUAUUCACUUCCAUAACUUCUCUGCUCAUGUUCCUUUCCAUCCUAACAUCACGUUAUGCAGAAGAGGAUUUCUUGUAUGUUUUACCCAAGAGGUUAAGCAUGGGUCUUCUUAGCCUCUUCGUGUCCAAUAUCUAUUUGGUGCUUCAAAGGGACGUGGCUUGGUUUGUGGUGCUGGUGGCCGCCUUCGCUUGCCUGCCCGUGGCAUCAUUCGUGCUGCUACAGUUCCCACUUCUUGCAGAUGUCAUUUAUUCAACUUAUUGCCCUGGUAUUUUCGGUAAGAAGACCAACCGUCUUCUCUACUAAGCUCAGAUAUGUUCGUGGUUGUUUGCAUCAAACUUAUUUCCUUCCAUUUUAUUGCCAU